AUGGAUCAAAGCACACCAGAUGUUUGUGUACUAGAAGGAGUACUACAGGCUCUAGAAAAUGAGAAAACAGAAUUAGAGAAGGAAUUAGAAACUGAACUUGAAACCUCAGAGAAACAAAGAAUUGAAGAACGGUUAGCUGAAAUUAAUAAAGACCUCCAAAUACAUAGGAUAGGGCUCCAGGAGCCAACACCUGGCGCUGAACAAGCAGUGAGGCGGUCAGAAAGAGAAAAACACCCAACAGAAAAGAUGCUUGAGCUCAUUAAACAGGAGAGCAUAAAAAAGGAAAGAAAGUUCAUGUUAACAUAUGUAACCUUCAAAGCUGAGGUUCAGUAUAUUAGAACUAAACUAAAGGAAGAAUGUUGUAAAUCAGACUUAGGCGAAAUGAUGAGAACCUUGGAAAAGUAUGAGUCAGAACUAAAGCAGGAAUAUAAGAGCUUACGUGCACUGACCACACCAGCCCAAGAUAUACGAAGGAGAAUGGAUAUCUGCACAUCAGUGACUUCUGAAAUAACUACACUUCUGAAAGUGCGUUACGCAGAAGCUGAUAAAGAGUUUAAUGCAGAAGCUGUUAAGGAAACUCUUUCAAAAUUACUCCAGAGAGAAGACGCAAGGUCAGUUUAUGGGUCAACUGUGUCAAGAGCUGGAGUGGGUAGUGUGCAAGAUAGUCAAGUGUCAGUAAAGAAAGCAGAGGCGGCGGCACGCUUGGCAUCGAAACGUGCUGAACUUAACAGGGAAAGGGAAAUAUCUGCACAAAGAAAAGAGGUGCUAGCUCAGCAAGAGAAGUUAAAACUGAUGGAAGAACAAAGAAAUCUUGAAGCUAUGGAAGCUGAAUACAAUGUAUAUGCUGAAGAGGAAUUAAAAUUGAAUGCUGAAAUAGGAGAAACUAGAGAAAUCUUCACUUUGUCUCCAAGUCAGCUUCCAGUGCAGCAUAACAGCACUCCAUGCACCCAGAAUCCCAAAGACCUUUCAAUCCCUUUUUGUUCUGAAAGCAAAAUAGACCCAAAAUCAAAUGAAGCCUCGCUAGUUCAAGCAUUAAAAGAAUCCCUGGCAAUGACUAGACUUCCAGCACCAGAGCCGUUCAUGUUUACAGGAGAUCCACUUAAAUUCACUGAAUGGCGUACCUGCUUCAAGGCCUUAAUCGAAACAAGUUGCACAAACCCAGCUCAUAGGCUAUAUUACUUGAAAAAAUACAUCAGUGGAGAAGCACUUUCUGUGUUAGAAGGAACAUUUUAUAGAAGUGAUGAGGAAGCCUACACACAGGCUUGGGAUGCCCUUAACAAACGUUAUGGUCACCCCUUCAUAGUUCAAAGAGCAUUCAGGGGGAAGCUGAGUAGCUGGCCCAAGAUUGGACCAAAGGAAUCACUGAAAUUAAGGGAAUUUAGUGAUUUCCUCAUCUCCUGCAAGAAUGCAAUGCCUUACGUUCAUGGUCUAAAGGUUUUAGAUGAUUGUCAAGAAAACCAAAAGCUGUUACAAAAACUUCCUGACUGGGCAACAACCCGCUGGAACCGGUACGUCACUAAAGCACUAGAUGAAGGGAAGCCAUAUCCUGCCUUUAAGGAGUUCUCAGACUUUGUAGCCGAAGAGGCACGUGUUGCUUGCAAUCCAGUUUCUUCUCUUUUUGCAUUAAAACAAGCAGAUGAGAAAAAUGGAAAGGAACGGAAGCGUCUCAAAGCCAGCACUCUAGCAACGUCAACAAAGGUGUUUCAAAGAUCAAGCUUCACUUCAAAGGACUCAAGUGCAUCAGGAAGUUCUACAACCAACUCUCCUGCCACUCAAACCAAAAGACAAAUAGAUUGUGUGUGCUGUCAACAAAAUCACUUUAUUUAUAAAUGUGAAAAGUUUGCAGCGAUGCCUCUAGAGGAAAAGAAAAAAUUUGUCAUUAGCAACAAUAUGUGCUUCGGGUGCCUCAGAGUCGGACAUGUUGCAAAAAAUUGCAGAAAGAGGGCUACUUGCAAUAUUUGUAGACGAAGUCAUCCAUCUCCACUUCAUGAAGAACGCCCUGUAGGAGAAAAGCUAGAAGCAUUACCACAAAAGGACAAUUCUUCCAUUGCCUUAUGCACCGUGAGAAUGGACAAUGGUGAUCGCACUUCCAUGAUUGUUCCAGUGUGGCUCUCUAGUGUGGCCAAGAAUAGUCCAGAGACUUUAGUGUAUGCAUUACUGGACACACAGAGUACCAGUACCUUCAUUGACCAUGAUGUCUGUGGAAAAAUUCAAGCACACACAGAACCUGUCAAACUGAAGUUGUCAACAAUGACUGACAAGAGUUCAAUACUGAAUUGUCACAGAGUUGUUGGACUGAAGGUGAGAGGGUACAAUUUACAAGAGUACAUUGAGCUACCUCCAGCAUACACUCAAGAAUACAUCCCACUAGAGAAGAAUAGCAUUCCCACUCGUGAAACAGCAGCAGGGUGGACUCACCUUCUGAGCAUAGCCGAAGAGAUGCCAGAUCUGUUGAACUGUCCUGCAGGACUUCUGAUUGGCUAUGACUGUGCACGGGCUCUGAAACCAAAAGCAGUGAUAUCAGGGGAAGAGUAUGAACCUUAUGCAGUCAAGACAGAUUUAGGCUGGAGUAUAGUUGGAGCCAAAAUGCCUUGCACUGACAUAAGGGAUGGCGAAGGGUUCUGCCAUCGUAUCUCUGUGAAAGAACUUCCACCUAUCACACCUGCCUCUGUGAUCAAAGCAUUAGAGAGAGAUUUUCUUGACACAAAUCCAAGAGAAAAGACAAUAUCCCAAGAUGACAUUCAAUUUCUGCAUCUCUUGAAUGGGAAAAUUCAACAUAACGAAGAGGGACAUCUGGAGAUGCCUCUACCAUUUAGAAAGCGUCCUCAGCUUCCAAACAACAAGCAGCUGGCUACAGUCAGAUUGAAACAUUUAAAAGGAAAAAUGGAAAAGAGUCCAAAGUACAAGGAAGAUUAUAUCAAAUUCAUGGACAAUGUCUUUAGAGAUGGUGAUGCAGAAGAAACAAAUGCCACCCCAAAGGAAGGCAACACAUGGUACAUUCCGCACCAUGGGGUGUAUCAUCCUAGGAAGCCUGAGAAGAUUAGGGUCGUAUUUGACUGCUCUGCCAAAUGUGAAGGCACCUCUCUGAAUGACCACCUCCUCACAGGACCUGAUCUAACAAAUACUCUGACUGGAGUGCUGUGUAGAUUUCGCCAGCAUCAGAUCGCGAUUAAUUGCGAUGUUGAGAAAAUGUUUCACCGCUUCCACGUAACCCCAGAAGAUCGGGAUUUCUUGAGGUUCCUGUGGUGGGAAAAUGGGAACACCGCAAGAGAGCCCAAAGAAUACCGGAUGCGAGUUCACAUAUUUGGAGCAGCAUCAUCGCCUGGAUGUGCUAACUAUGGCAUGAAAUACCUCGCCAGCAAAUAUGAGAAUGAUUACCCAUUGGCUGCAGUCUUCAUCCGGAAAAAUUUCUAUGUGGAUGAUGGGCUUAUCAGUGUCAAUUCAGUUCAAAGAGCCAACCAGCUUGUGAAUGAAGCACGGGAAGUCUUUAGUAAAGGACAGCUGCGCUUACACAAAUUUGUCUCUAACAACAGAAAGGUUUUGGAUGCAAUUCCAGAGAGUGAACGGGCAAGUGCAGUGAAGGAUGUGGACCUGAACUACAGCGAGCUUCCAAUGCAGAGUGUGCUGGGAGUGAAGUGGAGCAUAGAGACGGAUGCGUUCUCAUUCAAUGUCGUCCUCAAUGAAAAGGCAGCCACCCGGCGAGGAAUCCUAUCAACGGUAGCUAGUGUAUACGACCCAUUAGGAUUUCUCUCUCCCUACAUCUUGACUGGGAAAAGAGUGCUGCAAGAGAUGUGCAAACGAGGUGUAGGAUGGGAUGAACAUGUUCCCCUUGAACUGAAGCCAAAGUGGGAAACAUGGCUCCAUGACCUGGAAAAUCUUGAGAAAAUUCAAAUACCAAGAUGCUUCAUUCCUGAUCACCUCAGCACAAUACGAAAAAUUGAGCUGCAUCAUUUUUCAGAUGCCAGCAAUAAUGGCUAUGGGCAAUGUUCUUAUAUCAGGAUUGUUGCUGAUGAACAAGUACAUUGUGCAUUAGUCAUGGGUAAGGCCAGAGUGGCACCCACAAGGGUGGUCAGCAUUCCACGCCUUGAGCUCACUGCAGCUACAGUCUCUGCUGCUGUGAGUAGUGUCCUUAGAGAAGAGCUGGAGCUGAAAAUAGACCAGGAGUUUUUCUGGACUGAUUCACAGGUGGUGCUCGGGUACAUCAAGAAUGACGCCCGACGCUUUCAUGUUUUUGUAGCAAAUCGCGUCCAGAAAAUAAGAGACACUACUGAUCCUAGUCAGUGGUUCUACGUCGAAACAAGCCAGAAUCCAGCCGACCACGCAUCUAGGGGUCUCAAGGUGGCAGACCUAAUAGAAUCAAAUUGGCUCAGAGGACCAAAGUUCUUAUGGGAACAAGAAAUUGUUUUUAGCCAAAGAUCCCCAGAGCUUCUUGUAGGUGACCCAGAGGUCAAAGUCCUGAAAACAGAUGCUGUUGAAAGAGACAGCUUCCUCCAUAGGCUGUCAAGACUCUCAGAUUGGAAUACAACCCUCAACAUUAUUGCUCGGAUUCAGAGACUGGCACACAAAGACAGGUCUGGACCCAUUAGUGUAGAGGAACGAAGAGAAGCCGCUCUUGUGCUCAUCAGAGCAGCACAAAGAGAAGCCUUUGAAAAGGAGUUGAAAUUGUUUAGUCAGGAAUCCACAAAGCUACCAAAAACUCACAAGAUGUAUCAACUUGACCCUAUCUUUCAGAAUGGAUUGCUCAGGGUUGGUGGCAGGUUGAGAAUGUCCUCCGCAUCAGUUGAGUUGAAACAUCCAGUGAUCCUUCCUAAGGAAGGCAUUGUCACACAGCUUAUACUUGACCACUGUCACAAAAGGACUCAGCACCAAGGCCGAGGUCAAACCUUGAAUGAGCUCAGAGCCAGCGGAUAUUGGAUAAUAGGUGCAAGCAAGGUAGUGGCCAAGCACAUCAAGAGUUGUGUCACUUGCAGAAAGGUGCGUGGACGGACUGAAGAACAGCGAAUGGCAGACUUACCUGUUGACCGAGUAGAUCCAUCUCCUCCAUUCUUGUACACCGGAAUUGACUGUUUCGGGCCAUUCAACACGAAACAAGGUCGAAAGGAAUUCAAGCGGUAUGGUCUGUUGUUCACAUGUCUAAGCUGCAGGGCCAUCCACUUAGAAAUGUUGGAGGAUCUCACAACAGACGCAUUUUUGAAUGCUUUGAGAUGCUUCAUAGCAAUUAGAGGAGCGGUAAGACAAAUCCGAUCUGACCAAGGUACUAAUUUCCUUGGAGCAAAGAAUGAGUUGGAGAGAGGUCUAAUGGAACUUGACAAGGAAAGGAUUUCAACUUACCUUGCAAGAAAGCAAUGUGACUUCCUGAUGAAUGUGCCUGAAGCAAGCCACAUGGGAGGCAUUUGGGAACGCCAAAUACGGACGGUUAGGAGCGUGAUGAGUUCUGUUCUGGCACAGGCUAAAGGGAGACUGGAUGACACCUCUUUGAGGACAUUCUUCUAUGAAGCCAUGUCAAUUGUUAUCAGUCGUCCACUCACAACAAACACAAUCAAUGAUCCUAAAGGUGUUGAACCUUUGACACCUAACCAUUUGCUCACAAUGAAGUCCAUUGUGCCCCUCGCGCCUCCAGGCAAAUUUGUCCGGGAAGAUUUGUAUGCCAAGAAGAGGUGGCGUAGAGUGCAGUACCUCUCAGAACAAUUCUGGAGCAGGUGGCGCAAGGAAUACCUGGCCAGCAUAAGCCUCAGACAACAGUGGCAUGUGCCCAGAAGAAAUGUGCAAGUUGGGGAUGUCGUUAUUGUCAAGGAUGACAAUAUUCCCAGAAAUGAGUGGAAGCUAGCCAGAGUUGUUGAGGCAAGGGCAGAUGGUGAUGGUCUUGUGCGAAAGGUCAAAAUUCAAAUAGGACAAAGUAAUUUAGGAAAGAAAGGUGAGCGCAUAACGCAACUUUCUUCACUUGAGCGUCCAGUUCAAAAAUUAGUGGUGCUAGUGGAGCAGAAUUCAUAGACUAGUAUCCUAAAACAUUAAACAGGAAAUAUUAAACUUUCAGACUAAGCUGUUCAAAACCAAGUGUCAAAAAUUAGUUGCUAAAUGUAUAGGAAAAUUACACGAUUUAUUCAGUUUAUUCAGAAUAUGGUUAACAUAAAUCUUUGUAAUUUUGGUGGCAGUGUAGCUGUCGCUGAAAGCAACAUGGGUCUUUUCUUUCUUUAAGCCUUUAAAGUAUUUAUUUGUUAUGUUAUUAUUACAAUAAUGCAAUGUAAAUAUUAAUAGUAAUUUGCCUAUGUGAGAUUUGUUUUACAAGGGUUGCAGAAAUAGUGACACCUACAGGUUAAACUAGUGAGCUGCAUUUAAUUUAAGUUACUGUGGUCAUGUGAUUAGCCUAACUAAUAGCAGUGCAAAAAUGUGCAUGCAGUUUUUUGGUGCUACGCUGUACACGGAGUUAGAUGCUAAAGAAGAGAAUAAUUAAACAGUAAAGCGUUACAGCAACUCCUAGAUUUCUGGUCGGAAGGCGCACACGUUUUUCACGGUGUUUGAUGGUGUUUGAUGGUGUUUGACGGUGUUUGGUGGUGUUUGACGGUGAUUGAAUGCGCUUAAGUUGUGAAGGAAUGCAAUUAAAGAAACGACAAACAUCAGUUGAAGCGUACGUUUUAAUCUGACCAGAAGAAUAAGUUUGGGAGCAGCUACAUUUUGUAUUUUUUAUUUUAUUAUUAUCUUUUUAAGCAUGUAUAACUUCCCCUCUAGAGGCUAAACGUGUGUAUGUGGAUGUAUAAAGCUUUCAUGUUUUAUAUUAUACUUGGCUUUGUUUAAUAACUUUUGUUAAACCAAAACAAACUAAAUACUUAUGUGAAACAAAUGCAUCUGUCAAAUUAGGUAUUUUUCUGUCUUUUGUUGCAGAGUUUGCAGAGCUGUUGUGAUUAUUUGGUUAUUCAGGAUAACUACAGAACAGCUUGGAUUUACCAAUUGAAAUAAAACAGUUUGAUUUGGAUAAUUGUUCGGCAGUGUGUAGCAUUGAUGGCUCACAGCUCCAAGGUCCACAAUUUGAUCCUGAGCUCAGGUUAUUGUCUGUGUGGAGUUUUUUAAUGUUCUCUCUGUAUCUUCUAGGUUCAAAAAUAUGCUGGUAGGUGAAUUGGCUAGUGUAAAUUGCCCCUGGGUGUUAAUGAGUGUGAAUGUAGCGUCACAUCCAGGGAGUUUUAAAAAUGCAGGACUGCACUGAAUAAAAAUACUUUCCAAGUAACAAAAGAGACAACUUCUGUGCCCUGUCAAAUCUGCAGAUGGGGAGAUUUAGAUGCAAUUUAUCAGAGUAAUUUAGAGAACUGGAAUAUAAAACUCAUUAAAGCUGUUAAAGCCAAAUGCACAGUAUACAGAUACAGACAUUAUAUGUGAUCAGAAAUGAUAUCACCUGGCCUUUAGAGAGUCUGAAUGCAGCAGUAACACAGCACCUCCUUCAAGAAAACAUUACAGAGUAUAAUACACAUUCAAUUGUCUCUGGUUUGUAAUAUAAAGAAUUGUAAUUGAGCAGUUUAUUAACCACAGUAAGAGGGGAUUAUAUUCAUCAUUUACAUAAAUGACAACAGUAAUGACUUGUUCAAUAAAAUGCUGUGUGGAAAAUAUGUGUGUGGUUUUAGUACAGCUGUUUCCUCAGCUCCAGUCACUGUGGCUCUUUGGGCACAGUAAUAAACUACAGUGUCCUCUGUCCUCAUAUUUAUAUUUACAUAAGCUGUCUGAAUUGAUCUGUUGUGUGUGUUGUUGCUGUUGUUAUUUAGAGGAUGCCUCUGCUCCUAGUUCUGAGAGAUAAUACUUGUGUCUUUUCUCAUUCCAGAAAAUGUUUCCUUUAAAUAUUUCAUGAGUUUUACCUCAGUAGAAGUGAGCUACUGCCCUCUAUAGGUGCAAAAACAUUUACACUUUGUUUCUCUCCUUGCAGAUGUGUGUUUUGUUCUGAGCUGAGUGUUAUCUUUGAAAUACAGAGGGGUCUCAGCCCUGC